AUGGCCUCAUUACGUGUUACAAAUUAUGUCGCCAACUGGCGUACAACCGCGCCGAGCGCAGAUACCGAUGAACCCAACUCUGACGAAGAACUGGACUCUUUUUUAAAAGAAUGCCAAUCACGUAUGGCUACCGGCGGACACAUGCCGAUGCCUAAGAAACGUUACGAAUAUGUGAUUAGCGGCAUUUUCAGGGACACAAAUGUCCAGUUUGAUCCUGCUAAGGUGCUACCGUCAGAGUCGAGCCCAGAUAACAACUCACACCGACUAUCUGAUCCUAUGUACCAGAGUGAGCUUUACCGCGACUUCUUGAACACAUUAUCGCAUCUCAUGGAAACACACCGAGUAGAAGCAUAUGAACGAUUGACCUUCACACGAAGGCCUCUUGCUCAAUCUCGAAACCCUGUCAAUUUCACAAGCAAAACUGCCACAGAAGAAAGUAAAACCGUUGAACUACAUAUACACAAACCCCCAAGCAAAAUAGCUGGGAGGUGUACAUUGGUCCAUAUGGACCAUCUGAAGGCUUCAAUGUCUAGUGCAGAUGUCGUUGUACGUGAGGUGGGCAGUGGCGUAAGUGCCGACAUGGCAACUGUGUUGCCGCUUUGUGACUUCAUUAUGACAAAACGUAUGUUCGUUUGUGGCCAUAUAUUCACGAGCAAUUACGGUAACCCGUCACAUGUAGAAAUUGCAGUGCUAAGACACUACCUCGACUGUAACCCACAGGCACCAGCGUCGCCAAAUGGUCUACUUGUAGAGAUACGAUGCCGUGGAGAAGCUGACAUAGAAACUUACAAGACUCGUUUACGGGAAUACGCUCGCUUGUUGUAUAACUACGUAGAGUUCUCCUUCGAGUAA